AUGGGAACAUGCAUAGGCUGUCCCUGCCAUGAAAAUGGCGGCAACCCCACGAGCGACAGGAGUGGUGAUCUAUCAAACUGGAUGUCGGCUCUCAGUGAUGACAUCUCGACGACCAAUCUAGCCUUACCCGGGACACACGAGUCCAUGUGUCUGUACGGCGGUUGCAUACUACAGUGCCAAAAGUGGUCUCUGACUCGGCAGUACGAGGCCGGGAUACGGUUUGUCGACAUCCGCUGUCGACAUAUCGACAAUGAACUCCUAAUCUACCACAGCUCCGUUUAUCAAAAUGCAAAUUUCGACAACGUCCUGGAUGAUACCUUCACGUUCCUGGACGCCCAUUCCCAAGAAGCCGUCUUUAUGCGCGUCAGGGCGGAGUAUCUUCCAGAGCACAACACCAAACUGUUCCCGGAGGCGGUGCAGAUGCUUGUCGACCGCUAUCCAUCGGAGAAGUUCUGGAGCGGGCAAGAGUUUCCCAACAUGGGUGAUGUCCGGGGCAAGGUGGUGGUUCUCCGGGACUAUUUAGGCCCGGCCACGUUCGGGUUACCAUACACUUACCUCGAUAUUGAGGAUAUGUACGAUGUGGGUACCCUGCUCCCAAAAGACAUCGAUAGAAAGUGGGGAAGUGUGAGGCGCCAUCUUGAAAAGGCGUUACAGGGCCCGCGAACCACUAUGUACCUCACGUACUGUAGCGGAACAGGGGUCCUUGCCUGGCCCUUCACAGUUGCCCACAAGAUUAACAAACGUCUUGGCGUCUUCUUAGACACACCCAGCGGGAAAAGAAGACUCGGUAUCAUAGCAAUGGAUUUCCCAAGGUCUAAACUCAUUGGAAAAAUCACAGACUCUAACUUUGAGGUUGUUUGA